CCCUCCCCGCCAUGGCAUUUUCCCAGUUGGGCUACCAGUACAUCCGCCCGCUCUACCCGACGGACCGCCAAGGGAACGGCGGCGGCGGCGGCGGUUCUCGCAACGGGGCCGAGCUCAGCCCGGCCGGUUCGCUCUGCGGCGUUUUAUCUUCCAUGUACGGCGCGCCUUACGCGGCAGCCGCGGCUGCUCACGGCUACGGGGCCUUCCUGCCUUACGCGGCCGAGCUUCCCAUCUUCCCGCAGCUGGGCGCCCAGUAUGAGCUGAAGGAUAGCCCGGGCGUCCAAGCCGCGGCUUUCCCGGCCCCCCAUCCGGCUUUCUACCCUUACGGCCAGUAUCAGUUCGGCGACCCGUCCAGGCCCAAGAACGCCACGCGCGAGAGCACCAGCACGCUGAAGGCCUGGCUGAACGAGCACCGCAAGAACCCCUACCCGACCAAGGGCGAGAAGAUCAUGCUGGCCAUCAUCACUAAGAUGACCCUCACCCAGGUCUCCACCUGGUUCGCCAACGCCCGGCGCCGCCUCAAGAAGGAGAACAAAAUGACCUGGGCGCCCCGCAGCCGCAGCGAGGAUGAGGAAGGCACGACCUACGGCAGCGAGGACGGCGAGGGCGAGAAGCGAGACCCGGACGACGAGGAGAUCGAUUUGGAGAACAGCGAUAGCGAACCCUCGGAGAGCAUCGGAGCGGCGGCCGGAGCCGGGGCCCAAGCCGGGCAGCUGCUCCUGCACGUCGAGGAGGAAGAGGAAGAGGGCCGGGAAGCGGGCGCGGAUCAGGAGGGCGCGCAACCGACGGCGCUGCGCCUGCCUUCCCCGCGGGAGCUCGACACGUCGGAAGACGAGGAGGAGGAGGAGGAGGAGGGAGAGAGCUCUGACGGCUUCGAGGAGCUGGCCGGCGCUCAGGAACGCUUCCUGAAGGCGGUGGAAGCGCGGCGGCGCGCCUCGACGGGACCCCCGCCUCUCCGCAGCCCCAGCCCGCUUCCCCAACCCCUCCAGCCGCCCAAACCCAAGAUCUGGUCUUUGGCAGAGACGGCUACCAGCCCGGAUAACCCCUCGCGCAAAUCGCCCCCUGGCGGCGGCGGAGGAGGAGGUGGAGGUGGAGGAGGAGGGGGGUCUCCCCCGAACGCCCCCCAAUGCCUUCCCCAAUCCGCCCCGGGCGCCGCGCACAGACUGGUCUCCGCCUGUCCGCUGGGCAAAUUCGCCGGCUGGUCGGGACGGUCCUUCUCUGCCGCCCCCCCUCACGCCUCCCACCCGCUGACUUUGCUGAACACACCCCAUCUCUUGGGACUGGCGGGGGGCAACUCCAGCACGGCGCCCGCGACGGCGGCGGCAGCAGCAGCGGCGGCGGCGGCGGCGGCUCUAGCGGCUUUUUCCAGACCGGCGGACCAGGCGCCGAGCGCGGAAGCCUGCGGAACAGAUCGAUCUAGUGCCUUGGAUGUAGAGAAAAAGUUAAUAAAGACAGCUUUCCAGCCAGUUCAGAGGCGGGAUGAAGAGAACAGAAAAGAAUAACAGAGUUGGAAGGGACCUUGGAGGUCUUCUAGUCCAACCCCCUGCUUAAGCAGAAAACCCUACACCACUUCAGACAAAUGGUUGUCCAACCUCUUCUUAAAAACUUCCAGCGUUGGAGCAUUCACAACUUCUGGAGGCAAGACGUUCCACUGAUUCAUUAUUCUAACUGUCAGAAAGUUUCUCCUUAGUUCUACGUUGCUUCUCUCCUUGAUUAGUUUCCAUCCGUUGCUUCUUGUCCUGCCCUCAGGUGUUUUGGAGAAUAGCUUGACUCCCUCUUCUUUGUGGCAGCCCCUGAGAUAUUGGAACACUGCUAUCAUGUCCCCCCUAGUCCUUCUUUUCAUCAAACUAGACAUACCCAAUUCCAACAACCAUCAGUUUCCAUCCAUUAUUCCUUGCUUGGCCUUCGGGUGCUUUGGAAAACAGCCUGACCCCCUCCUCUCUGGGGCAGCCCCUCAAAUAUUGGAAGAUGCUAUCAUGUCUCCCCUGGUCCUUCUCUUCACUAGACUAGACGUACCCAGUUCCAGCAACCGCCCUUCAUGUGUUUUAGCCUCCAAUCCCCUAAUCAUCUUUGUUGAAUAGCAGUGAGGAGGAACAGUGGAUAUAUUUGAUGCAAUAAAAUGUGUGUAAUGCUUGCUCAGAUGAAGUUCUGGAAGUUUAAUGUUGCUAUGUUGUAGAGAAACCUGGCGGACCUCUUAGACCUCUUAUCAUGGGAAGAGAUUUUUGGCUGCUCUCUGAAUCUCUUUUCGUUCACCCUCCCUCAACAGAUGCAAUAAGUCAAAUAAACUCAAUUUAACCUUGCAUAUAAGAUCUAUAAUAUUUGCAGCUUUGUACCAAAGAAACCUUGUCUUGUUCGGCGAAAGGCACGGGCAAGACCGGUUCCUGUUGUGUCAAGUUCCAAAAAUCUGUAAAGUGUAAAUGAAUCAUUUCUUCCCCCGUGAUUAAGCUUAAAGUUAGAAAUAAGAUAUGUCAAUCAAUCAUCCUGGAAAUAUUCCC